AUGGUUGACCAAUGUGCCCCUCGCUCAUGCACCUUGCGCGUGAUCCUACACUACGCAUAUGACGCUUCCCCUUUAACCCGGAUCACCACUAAAUCCUCAAGCCCCCGUCCACAGGUCGCCACGUGUCCAUUAGCAUUCUCGAGAACUUUCCCUUUGAAACGAGGCAAUUGGAAAACUGUCUCUAACGGCGUCGUGGCGGUUAAGUUAUUGAAGCAUAUUCUUUUCCAGAGAGAGAAAAAAUUAAAAGGUAAGAGAAAAAUGGCGGAUGCUCAGCGUUUACUUGGGAACGAUGUCGUUUCGGUGGAGCUCCCAGCUCCUGCUUCCUGGAAAAAAUUGUAUUUGCCGAAAAAAGGAGGUACGCCCAAGAAAAACGAGAUACUAUUCAUUGCUCCAACUGGGGAGCACAUUAGCAACCGUAGGCAGCUCGAGCAAUACCUAAAAUCCCAUGCUGGAAAUCCUCCGCUUUCCGAGUUCGAUUGGGGCACAGGCGAAACUCCAAGGAGAUCAGCUAGGAUCAGCGAGAAAGUCAAGUCAACACCCCCAUCUAAAGAGAGUGAGCCGCCCAAAAAACGAGCUAGAAAAUCAUUGGCCACCAAGAAAGACAAAGAGAAAACCGAGGGCACGAAAGAAGUCGAAAUGCAUGAUGCUACUGAUGAGAAGAAGGAUGAAGAACUGAAAACCGAGGUCGGGGGUGAAAGCAUUUUUAAAGAAAAUGGUGGGAAAGGGAGUGAUGAGACAAAAGAUGAGAAAAAGGACGAAGAACAGAAAAUCGAGGUCGGGAGUGAUGAGACAAUUGAUGAGAAAACUGAAAAAGGGGAUGGCACUGAAAAUGCUCCAAAUGUGGAGGGAAAGGUUGAAGACAAACAGUUACCUGAGAAGGACGAGAAUAAUGAGCAGCGUGAAGUAAUUGAUGGUAAUGGAAAUCCUUCAGACACGAAGGAAAAAAUUGUAGAGGAACAGGUGGCUGGAACUGUAGAGAAAAUGCAGUCUGAGGCUGGCAAAAUCAGUAGUGAUGAAACAAAAUCUGCAGGCACAAAUGAUGAGAAGAAGGACGAAGAACAGAAAACCAAGGUCGGGAUUGAUGAGACAAAUGAUGAGAAAAUUGAAAAAGGCGAUGGCACUGAAAAUGCUCCAAAUGUGGAGGGAAAAAUUGAAGACAAACAGUUACCUGAGAAGGAGGAGAAUAAUGAGCAGCCCGGAAGAAUUGAUGGUAAUGGAAAUGGAAAUCCUUCAGAUGUGAAGGAAAAAAAUGUAGAGGAACAGUUGUCUGGAAACAAAAUCUGUAGUGAUGAAACAAAACCUGUGGGCACUUAUGGGGAAGCUGUUGAUGGAGGUGAAAAGCGCACUAUUUCAGAGUCGUCCGCUGGAAAGGAAAGUGGGGCCCAGUUGAACGAUACCAAAUCUGAUUUGGGGAAAGAAAGUGAUGUGAAAGAGGAUGGGAUGGAGAUAGGUAAAGUGAAUCAGGCGCCGCCACAUCACCCUUCUCCAGCAGCAAUUAGUUGUUGA